AUGCACCCCAAUGGCACACAGCACCGAGUUCCAUGUACAGCUUGAAUAAUCAGCUCCGUACCUGGCUUCUCUUCAGAGCUCACAGGUUUUUGCCAAUACUUCUAAUCUGACACUUCACCAGAAGCACUUCUGAGAGUUUCUAAGUGGUUUUUUACCACAUAAACAGGGGUCAUAGUUCACUGCUAUUAUGUCCUGGGUACAAGUAGCAGUCAGCCAAUCCAGUGAGGAUAUAUUUGAUGAAGAUGCAGAUGAAAUGUAUCUACUACAGAAGGAAUGGAACAGUACUAUGAAAAAGAGAUUGAAGGAAGGCUAUAGGGAUGGAGUUGAGGCUGGGAAAGAACUUGCACUCCAGACAGGCUUUAAUCAAGGUUACAGACACGGUGCCGAGCUGAUGAUUACAUGUGGCCAGUUCAAAGGAACCCUGAAUGCUCUCUUAUCCUGGUGUCAUUUUAAUGGACAUGAUUCUGCUCUAAGUAUGAUAAAUAAUCUUCUUGAUGUGGUUGGAAAGCAUGAAGAUGACGUGCUUAAGUAUCUGAAUUCUACUGAAGAACAGCCGCAUCUUGGACACAUUUUAGACUCAGUUCAGGACAUGGACCUUAAUCACACAGCUGGGACAGAGUACAGGGAAGUUAAAGAUGGAAAACACGACUGUGGCGGCAGCUCCGGUGAAAACACUUGUAGGAAUAAUGGUGAGGUUGGUUCAUUGCAGUCUGAGUGCAGCAAAGCAAACCUCUGCACAGAUCCUGAAAAGUCAACCCUUGCUUGGGUUAAAAUGCAGACUGUUUGGUUAGUAGAGCAACUGGGCUUAUCACUGGAUGUACUCCAUCAUGUCCAGCAACUGGAACAUUAGUUUUUCUGUCUCAUGGUACUUCAAACUAUCACAGUGGAUUUUGAUUCUUAGUUUGUGGGCCAUGUACAGGCUGAUGCAUCACUUUUGCUUUAGGAAAAUCUAAUUUGGAUGCUUUAUAGUAGAAGUCAUUUUUGUAAAUCCUCACCAUGAUUUGGGCUCUGGACAAAACCCUUCACUUUCACCCUUAAAGGUAACAUUCAAAGAAAGGGACAGUGACUUUAAAGCUUUACGAAGAGUUACUAAACAUGUUUCUGUUUUGUGUCAGGAGGUCCCAUUUCACCCUCAUUUUUUUCUUGGCAGUAGCUUGGAAAUGAAGCGGGUCCAUUAAAUAGCCCCUCUAAAUUGGUCCCCUGCAAUAUCAAAAGAAUAACUGCUCAGUGCUGUGGAAAUGCUCAGUGUUUUUGUGGAAUAAGCUGGUGUUGAGGAUAUGCUGUAUGCAAAAUAGAACAUGUAAUGCUGCUGAUUCCUAGAGUGCUGUGACUCUGUAGUCACUUUUUGUCAAAUUCUAUGUGUUAUCUUUUCUACCCAUGAUGCAAUGCACUUUCAUGGUUAAAAACUAUUUUUCCCUCCUUGUAUAGUUAUAUUCAUCACUUUUGCUGAAAACAUACCAUUUUCCUUAAAUACAGAAUUGCUGCCAAUUCAUUGUUUUACUUUUAGACAUCUACUCUUACCAUGUCAGACCACACUAAACAUGCUUCCAGUCUAAUGAACAUCCUUUUGUUAUUUUUGUAUUUAUUUUGUCAGUCCAUCUAGCCCGAACUCUUUCCUGCAUUCCAAUAAUGUUUUUCUCAAACUCUUCAAGGAAGCCAAGCUUAUUCACUACCUCUUAGAAACACAUCAGCCACACAUGCCUAUUUCUGAUCAUUUUGUAUUUCUGUAACUAUUGUAUAUUUGACUUGCUUUCCCAUUGCUUCCCUUCACUGUAGCUGUAAAUUGCUCUGUUCAGGAAGUUUUUUCUUUGUAAAUGCCUCUGUUUCACAUUAAUUAAACUGAUUUAUAGUAAGUUCCCA